AUGAUUACGCGGUGUAGCAGGGCAGGACCAUUACUGGUCAGCUCGGCAGUGGCUCGGUCGCUCAAGUCUACGGCAAGCAAUUUUUUGAGAAAUGAGACCAAACUCAUGUCCACUUCGCAACCUUUUGCUAAAGAUAUUUUUAUUCGAAGUGAGCCAUAUCGAGAGCCAUUUGACCUGGAGGGCCUGAAGAGUGGACUUGUUGAUGCUUCAAUGCCGUCGGAUCACCUAGAAACUGACUUGGAUCAGAAGUUCAGAGGAGACCCAACAAGCAUUUUCAAACGCUCUGAAGUAGCCACUGCACACGGAAGACUGGGAUCGCCUAUAAUUCCUUCGGUAUCACAUUCACCAAAUGUAGAGAGAUUAGGGCAGUUCAUUGCGUCGAAAGACUUGAAUUCAGCGUUGCAUACAUUUCAAAAGUUAAUAGAUGAAGAUGAGAAUGGGUUGAGUCACUUCACGGCUACUCAAUGUAGUCAGUUACUUGCCAUGAUUCCAUUGGGUCCCAUUAAGGCUCCACAGUAUUGGCCUUUAGCACAAAAAAUCGCAUCUGCUAUUAAGGCAUCAGGACAUAAGUUACAGGCUCAUGACUACGCGCGCUUGAUAGAAUGUGCAUUCAAAGCUCACGACUACGAUAGCAUAGAUCAAAUUUGGAAUGAAGUUCAAACCAACUUACCGGUCUCAUUACACAGUACAGAUCUUUGGAACAAGUAUAUUAUGACGACAUGUAACGCAUACCCGAAAUUCUGGCGACAAUGGGCAGGAAUGCAAGUUAAGAGAAAUGAGUUCCGCAUGUUCAAACCUGACGAGACGCCUCUAGCUGUAAAUGAUGCUGUAAGGUUACUUGGGAACAUGCUUGAAAAUAAUAUUCAUCCCAACGCACGUACCUACGAACUUGUCAUAUUAUAUCUCUGCCAAAAAGGUGACUUAGCUGACGUGCGAUCUAUUAUCUGGUCAAUAUGGCAUAUCACUACUGAACCCAAUGUAUUGAGAAGAUCAAGAAGCAAAUAUAGGAAACAAUUAAGACCCAGUAAAGACUCGCCACUGGCUCCAACAAUCUCUACACUAAAGGCAGUUAUUGACGGAUUUUGCAUGAAUGGUAAGGUCACUGAAGCAUUGAGACUCAUGAAUAGAUUACAAAAAGAAUACCGGAUCGAUAUAAGUGGAGGAAGCCGCGGUGGAAAGGCUAUCCAUCUGUGGUCUGCUGUACUUUCUUGGGCAUUCAUUACUCAAAGGCCCAUAGAGGGAGCAUUUACACCGGCGGACACAUUUGAAAAUGUGUGGACUAUCAUGACUGAACAAUACGGAAUUAAACCGACUGACGAAAUGUAUCGUCUUCGAGGCCGAUUUUUUGACUCGAACGAAAAAUAUGAGGACCUUAUAGCAGAUAUCCCAGAAAUCUUGAAUUCUGGUAAUCCCCACCGGCUGGAGAUAGCACGACGCAAUCUUCAAAAGGCAGUCAAAGGAAUCGCCAGACAGGGUCAAAUUGACGAAGCAGUAAGCAUUGUCAAUGAGUGGUCACAGGCCCUUGGCGAGUUUGAACAGGUUCGUGAAAACUUAAUUAAAUAUGUCAAUACGUCAAGUACUAUACAACGAUUGAUAGCUGAGAGAAGCCCUAACGAGACGAAUUCUAAUACAAAGUCUAGCAGUCACGACUUACAUGACAACAGCAUUCAUGGCGAGACUAACCCCUUUGACUCGAAUGUAAAUAAAACCAAUAGUGCCAGGUUGGACACUGUUUAA